UGAGGCUAUAUACAGUAGCGAGGCUAUAACUCAUGCAUGUAAUGUUAACUGACUGAUAUUCUAUGUAUAAGAUCUCCGAAACCUGUGUUAACCUCAGUCCUUAUUUUCUGCGUUUAUCCCAAAACGCUAUUCUUUCCCCAUUUCAUUUCCCCCAUAGGAAUGGCUGAACGAACCAGAGGUUAGAGUGUGUUUAUUAUGUAGUGUUGGUGUGUGUAACACAUUGGUGUAACGGAGUUUUGUGUUGGUGUGUGAUUGCUAACAUCGAGCAAGUCCUUUCCCUACCACAGGAUAGACAUGUUUGUGUUUCAGUGGUGGGAACAAUUCUGUAAUUUUGUGAAAAUGGUACUUCAUCUCCCAGAUUAACUCAAUUGAAAUGGAAUUGAGCCCAAAUCACCUAGAUAUGUUGUUUUAUAUCUCCUAGAUGUGUUUUAUAUCUCCUAGAUGUGUGGUUCAGGACCAUCUCCAGUUAGAAUCCAUCAGCCUACGUCACCCUUUGCUGUAACCUGGGUGAUAUAGACCAUCCACACUUUCUCUCUCUCUCACACGCACACACAGGCACACUUAUACCAUCUCAGCUCAUCUCUCUCUCACACACACCCCAGUCUCUGAGACCCGGGCAUCUCUCUCUGACCAUGGACGUGUCAGCGCUGGGCAGUGGGAGCAGCUGUUCAGAGGAUUGUGUGGUAGGGUCUGGCUGUCUGGAGGACUGUGGGAACCAGAGUGACUGGACUGACUGGGAAUGGGAGAACUUCAGUGGGGCUGAGCUGGUGUGUGUGACAGCCGUGUGUGUGCUGCUGCUGGCCCUGGGCAUCACAGGAAAUAUGUUAACCAUCCUGGUAGUUUGGCUCCGGCCACACCUGAGAAGCACCACCUACCUCUACCUGAGUAGUAUGGCCGUCUCCGACCUCCUCAUACUGCUUCUGAUGCCUUUAGAUCUGCACUACAAGCUGUGGAGGUUCCGGCCCUGGGAUCUGGGUGAUACAGUGUGUAAACUGAGUGUGUUCGUCAGUGAGAGUUGUACCUACUCCUCCAUCCUCCACAUCACCGCCCUUUCUCUGGAGCGCUACCUCGCUGUCUGUCGACCACUCACAGCCAAGACCCUGGUCACACGGACCCGCGUCCGCACUCUCAUUGGCUGCCUGUGGGUUGUGGCCCUGAUCAGCGCCGGGCCGGUGUUUGCUAUGGUAGGGGUAGAGGAGCUGGGGGGAGGUGAGGGGGAGAGCGAGUGUCGCUGUACGGACUACGCCGUCUCCUCAGGCCUGCUGGGGGCCAUGAUGUGGCUCUCCAACCUCUACUUCCUGAUGCCGCUGGGCAUUCUGGGAGUUGUGUAUGGCCUGAUUGGCAGGAAGCUAUGGCUCCGCCCACAACGCAGCAGCCGAGACCGCGCCCAGCGACACACCAUCAAGAUGCUAGGGAUGAUCGUGCUGGCGUUUGUUCUGUGUUGGCUGCCAUUCCACGUUGGUCGGACGUUGUUCUCUGUGACUCUGGGCUCCAGCGCUGAUAUGUACUACAUCUCUCAGUACUUUAACCUCGUCUCCUUUGUGUUGUUCUACCUCAGUGCUGCUGUCAACCCUAUCCUCUACAACACCAUGUCAGCACGCUACCGCCACGCUGUCCGCAGCCUGCUGCGCUCACACCCCCCCUGCUCCCGCCACCCCCCACUCACGCCACAACACUCUACCACCACCCUGUAACUCACACACCCCCCGCUCCCGCCACCCCCCCACUCACGCCACAACACUCUACCACCACUCUGUAACUCACACACCCCCCGCUCCCCCCACUCACGCCACAACACUCUACCACCACCCUGUAACUCACACGCUCCCGCUCCCGCCACCCCCCCACUCACGCCACAACACUCUACCACCACCCUGUAACUCACACGCUCCCGCUCCCGCCACCCCCCACUCACGCCACAACACUCUACCACCACCCUGUAACUCACACACCCCCCGCUCCCCCCACUCACGCCACAACACUCUACCACCACCCUGUAACUCACACGCUCCCGCUCCCGCCACCCCCCCACUCACGCCACAACACUCUACCACCACCCUGUAACUCACACGCUCCCGCUCCCGCCACCCCCCCACUCACGCCACAACACUCUACCCCCACCCUGUAACUCACACACCCCCCGCUCCCGCCACCCCCCACUCACGCCACAACACUCUACCACCACCCUGUAACUCACACACCCCCCGCUCCCGCCACCCCCCCACUCACGCCACAACACUCUACCACCACCCUGUAACUCACACACCCCCCGCUCCCCCCACUCACGCCACAACACUCUACCACCACCCUGUAACUCACACACCCCCCGCUCCCCCCACUCACGCCACAACACUCUACCACCACCCUGUAACUCACACACCCCCCGCUCCCCCCACUCACGCCACAACACUCUACCACCACCCUGUAACUCACACACCCCCCGCCCCCCCCACCCCCCCACUCACGCCACAACACUCUACCACCACCCUGUAACUCACACACCCCCCGCUCCCGCCACCCCCCACUCACGCCACAACACUCUACCCCCACCCUGUAACUCACACACCCCCCGCUCCCGCCACCCCCCACUCACGCCACAACACUCUACCACCACCCUGUAACUCACACACACCCCUCGCUCCCGCCACCCCCUACAACACUCUACCACCACCCUGUAACUCACACACCCCCCGCUCCCGCCACCCCCCACUCACGCCACAACACUCUACCACCACCCUGUAACUCACACACACCCCGCCCCCGCCACCCCCCACUCACGCCACAACACUCUACCACCACCCUGUAACUCACACACACCCCUCGCUCCCGCCACCCCCUACAACACUCUACCACCACCCUGUAACUCACACACCCCCCGCUCCCGCCACCCCCCACAACACUCUACCACCACCCUGUAACUCACACACCCCCCGCUCCCGCCACCCCCGACUCACGCCACAACACUCUACCACCACCCUGUAACUCACGGACACACACACACACACAGAGAAAACCUUGGAGAUGGAUGGAGGAAUAAGACUUUGUUUAGAGGCACAUUGACUUUAGUGAGACAUAUUGUCAGAUUUAUUGUAUAAUAUUUGAUUAAUAUAUAUUUGCCAUUUUGAUGACUGUUGGUUCUAAACCCCUGAAGGUGUGUGUGUUCUCAGAGUGAUGUGUAAUAAACUGUAAUUUCAGCCUUU